UCCAGAAAACCCAAAGGGCCUAAAAUAGAAUCCUGAGGGAUGUCAUGUUGUAAUCCAACUGCUGCUGAAAAGCACUGACUUAUACAUACGUACACAGAUAUGAUUGGACGCUCUUAAGAGCAGAACAUUUAAAGCAUAGCAUCAGGUUUUUCUGCUGUAGAUUUUCACCACUGACCUGCUCCAGUUUUGAGUUACAGCUAUUUCAACUACAGCUUAAUUUCCCCGUCGCUGUGUGAAUUACUGAACUUGAAGUAUGCUCAUGUUCCUCUCUUUGUAGGAUUUGUCUGCCCUACUCCUGAAAAAGAUGAGUGAAAAGGAGCUAAAAUGUUUCUUCAACAUCGGUGUGCAGAAGUACGAGGUGGACUUCACCAAUAUGACCCAGACCAGAAUCAUCUCUGGCUACCAGAGACAAAUUUGUUGCAGGCCUGCCUACCGCUCACCAGAGUCCAUGUAUCCUCACCUAAAGUUUGUAUUUUGGAUCCUUCCCUUUCCGUCUACGGCAUCUUUGUUUUUUCAUAGACAAAGCAUUACAUUUGAUUUAAAAAUACCAGCAAAAUACAAGCUAAAAUGGAGAUGAGUUUGGAAGUACUUUCUUAUACUUGUCUUACUAUAUUUUACUGUUUCACAGAUGUAAAAACAAACUAUUAAUGCAACAAUUAGAGUUAAGAAGGAACCAUAAAUGUAGUAAUUCUUCCUGUAUACUUGCCAUUCGUAAGUUUCCACAUAAUUUUCCAAACACUAAAUAUUUCAGCACGAAAUCUUUACAACCUUCUGCAUGUUCCACAAAUCCUAAAACACAAUGCUUGGUCUCUGAUUUGACAAAAUGAUAAAUGAUGAUAAAAAUGGCCUUCUUAAAACAAUGUUUUUUGAUCGGUAAUGCUAUUGAGUUUAAGGAAAAGUGCUUUUUUGCAUAGAUCCAGAUUGUCUAUGAUACGAAAAAGUAUUAAUUGUUCCCAAUAAGGAAAUUUAAGUGUAAAAAAAAGUCGAUUUACUGAUCAAAACUGGUUAAAGAUCAGAGAAUCCUCCUGGUGCUUAGCUCCGCUUGCCAUCAUGUCUGUUUUGAAAAUUCCAGGAGCUGAAAGUAAGGAAAUUUGACAUAUAUUUAUAUUUUCCAAAUCUUUUCUUGCUUUUAGGAGUGGAAUCCAGUCUGACUUUGCUAAUUGUGACCCCAACGCUGCUGCGGCUAACUUCACCAUAGAUCCUCUACAGGAGUUCAGCUCCUGGUACCCUCCGGUCUGGCUUCAAGGCUCAGAGGAGGAUUACCGCCUGGUUGAUGUUCCGGCCGGGACUCAGGCUUACCGGAGCAUCAAAAAGUUCUUCCACGAAAACCUGCCAGAGACCAAGAUCGACAUCAUCAGCCUCCAGCAGAUCCAGAACCUGCUGCACUGGGACAAGUACCAAAGACAGAAAACACACAUGCAGAAACACACCAAAGCCGAGGGACCUCUGGAGAGACAUCUCUUCCAUGGGACCAGGAAGGUCGCCUCAGAGAGCAUCUGCCUCCACGGGUUUGACCCCCGAGUGGCCAGCCUCAACGGACACUCUCACGGGUUUGGCUCUUACUUCGCUACCAACGCGCUCAUGUCCCACGAGUAUACAGAAGCAAACGAGUCCGAUGAGGUUGGUUACAUGUUUCUGGCCAAAGUCCUGGUGGGAAGAGUUUGCUUGGGAAAACAUUACUACCGGCGACCACCCAACACCAAGGUCAGUCUCUACGAUGCCUGCGUCGACAACAAGCAAAGCCCUCGGAUGUUUAUAGUGUUUGACAACUGCCAGUGCUACCCAUACUACCUGAUCAAGUACAAAAAGUUAUCUGAAGAGAUUAGUAUUCAUGACUGAUGACAAUUAAAUCAGAAAUAGUCUGUCAGAAAGUGUUCAUGAUAAUAUGCAGCAUUUUGAAAUGUUAGAAAAUGUUCUGGUUAACAUACAAUAUACAGUUCUGCAAUGAAGUUUUCACCAAAAAGGAUUGACAAAAAGCAUCUUUAGAAACCUUUGAUUUGUUUUUACAAGUUCUUUAUUUUGUCUUCUUUAAAAGACCGUACAUCAGUGGAAAUAAGCACUUUUGAGUUUCCUUUUCAAAUUCUCCAGAAUCAAAUUGAAAUGUUUCUGAAAAGUUUUCAGUCAAUAAAAUUCUUUUUCACACAUAAUAUAAA